UGCGCCGCUUUCUAGACAAAUCUAAUAUCUUAUAAAAUCAGAAAGCUCAAACUCAAAUCACAAGUAGAGGAAUAUCACAACAAUGGCGUUUCUUCCACGUUAUCUCUUCCUCUCUCUUCUAAUUCUUCAUUCCUUUCACUUCUCCUUUGUCAAAUGUGAUGAUGAGGAAGACAACCUUUUUAAAGGUAUUAACAGCUACAGGGCAUCCCUAAAGUUGACAACUCUACGCGAGAAUGACAAAGCAAAAUGCCUUGCUGAUGAAAUGGCUGAACAAUUUAAAGAUCAACCUUGUACAAACAUAACAGGCGCCAAUACUGUACCUGGCACUGAACCUCAGUUCUCGGACUAUCCUAAACUUCUAACCAAGUGCAAAUUGAACGUCACAACCACCAGAGAUGGAGUGAUAAUGCCUGCUUGUGUUCCCAACCUUGUCCCGGACCUCGUUCUUUCCAACUAUACAAAGUCCCAGUAUUCUAAUUCUCUGAAUGAUACCAAGUUUACUGGUGUUGGAAUUGGCUCUGACGAAAACUGGAUUGUUGUAAUUUUGACCACAAGCAACAUGGAGGGAAGCUUUGCACCUGAUGAUACUAGUUCAGCAAACCUAGUUUUUCAGCAUGGUCUAAUCUCUCAUGCAGUCUAUCUACUUGUGGCAUUUCUCCUCUUACUGUGAAAAUGUUGAACUUUUACACUUUUUUUCUCCUUCUCUCUUUUUCACAUCUGAGUGUAGCUUCUGUUACCAGUACCUGAUUUUGUUGUUAGCUGGUGAUUUGUAAUAUUCUAAUUGAAAGAGGGUGAAUAUCAGCUACUAUCCCUACAGAGAAUGUAACCUUAAAAGGCUAUAAAACCUUUGUAACAACACAUUUUCUUGUCUCAUAGAUGUACUUUGAAAUGUUGCAGCUUUCAUUCACCAGAUAUAA